AUUCUAGGGAUUUAUGGUUCGGUGGUUUCCAGUUGGCACUCCUCCAGUCGGAAGGUUAUGGCGACCAAAGUGUCAGUGUUAGUAAUUCGCUGAAGAAACCACCAAAAUGGUUUUAUUAAAGUGCUGUUAAGUGUCGCAGUAAAGACUGUCGAUGACAGACCCUGAAGACAUGAAGGCGAAGUCGUCGAAACGCAUGGCUGGGAUAAUAAUGAUGUCCCGAAAAUCGAUCGCCAAGGACGGUGUUGUCACAACGUCGGGCAUCGGGAUGCCGAGCCUGUACCACGCGCUGGUGGUGAUUUUCCUGGAGUUCUUCGCAUGGGGGCUGCUCACAAUGCCGGUCAUAUCAGUAUUAAACACCACAUUCCCCGACCACACGUUCCUGAUGAACGGCCUGAUCAUGGGGAUCAAGGGGCUGCUGUCGUUCCUCAGCGCCCCCCUGGUGGGCGCGCUUUCGGACGUCUGCGGCCGGAAGUUGUUUCUGUUGAUUACGGUGUUCUUCACAUGUCUGCCCAUUCCCCUAAUGACGAUUAAUACGUUUUGGUUUUUUGCAAUGGUCAGCAUUUCGGGCGUUUUUGCGGUCACUUUUAGCGUUGUCUUUGCCUAUGUGGCCGACGUCACCGACCAGAAGGACCGCUCGCUGGCCUACGGGCUGGUGAGUGCCACUUUUGCCGCCAGUAUGGUCAUCUCGCCGGCCUUGGGGGCCUACUUGAUGGAGAGAUGGUCCGUGUCUCUCGUGGUGGCCCUCGCCACAGCCGUUGCCAUCCUCGACGUCUUCUUCAUCCUGGUCGCAGUCCCCGAGAGCCUCCCUGAAAAAGUGCGCGUCUCCCCGAUCAGUUGGGAGCAAGCCGAUCCCUUCUCCUCCCUCCGUAACGUCGGCCAAGACCCCACAAUCCUCCUCCUCUGCAUCACCGUUUUCCUCUCCUACCUCCCCGAAGCCGGUCAAUACAGUUGCAUUUUCGUCUACUUGAAGCUGGUCAUGGGCUGGAGCGCCCCCAUGGUGGCCGUCUUCGUCGGCCUCGUGGGCCUCCUGGCCGUCCUCACGCAGCUGUGUCUUGGUGCUCUGAUGAAAAACCUCGGCUGCAAACACACGAUAAUGUUGGGACUGCUCUUCGAGAUGCUGCAGCUGCUGUGGUACGGCUUCGGCACGACGACGUGGAUGAUGUGGGCGGCGGGAAUGUUGGCCUCGAUGAGUUCGAUCACGUAUCCGGCGAUUUCGGCGUUUGUCAGCAUUGUGAGCACGCCGGACCGGCAAGGGGUGGUCCAGGGGAUGGUGACAGGGAUGAGGGGGUUGUGCAAUGGGCUGGGGCCGGCGAUGUUCGGACUCAUCUUCUACGUGUUUCAUGUCGAUCUCAACGAGGGCGAGAACCAGGAAGGGACGCAUGCGACGCCAGUGCAUGACAUGGAGACGUAUUCGCAGCUGGUGCCUGGCCCUCCGUUCGUCUUCGGUGCUUUUCUAGUCAUUUGCGCCCUCCUUGUAGCUUCAUUUAUCCCAACUAAAUCCAGUACCGAUUCAAGUAUCCCCUUAGACACGCAUUACGAGAUGGAAAGGGGCCAGAAGGUUGCAGGCACUUUGAGUCCUCUGAUUCCGAGCCGGAGCAUCGAAAACGCAGCAAUAUUAUAAGUAAUAGAACGCUCGCCACAAUUGAUGCUAAUUGUAAUUCCUUACUUUUCUAAAAUCGAUCUAUUUUGUUAGAACUUAAACAAAAAACAAAAUGUAUAUAAAUGGUAUUAAUGCAAGAGAGAGAAUGGUCUGUGGAUUUUAGAAAAGUGACUUUAUUGUUGAACUUUAUUGUUAUUUAGUCGGAGAAUUUACAGUACUACUACUACAUACAUGAAUGAAACUUUAUUUUUUCUUAUUCCUACUUAGAAACUACGCUUUACUCUAUUUAUUUUUAUAUUGAUUUACGGCCGAAAAUUGCCAUCUAGGUGUUUACGCACUGUCUCUAUCCUUUCACACACACUACAAACUUUGUGUACAAAAAAAAAAACAAUUCAAAACUAAACUUAGGGUUAAGAAUUAGUCGACAGGACCAUAUCGUUUCGAAUAAACGCUGCAAGCACUAGAUUAUAACCAACUAUGAGGUGUUCUUGCUAAAUUCACGCGCGAAAAACAAGUAUUGAUUUAUUGUGAUAUUUUACGUAAUUGUACUUAGACACAACAACUUUCGGUUCACUAGAACAUCUCAUAACAACAGACGCUGUUAGAUUAAUUCAAUGUGACUAUUACGCGACGUCACGCUUGCGACAUGGUUGACAAAGACGUUCAAUGAAAGUAUUUUAGCAUAGGGAUAAAUUAAAGUGUAUAAAAGGCAAAAAAUAAAUCAUUGUUUCUGUAA